CACACACACACACACACACACACACACACACACACACACACAGAGCACCUCCACAACCACAAACCCUACCCCCCAAAAAGGAAGAGAGGAGGGAAGACAGAGUGGGAGGGGAAGUAUAGGGAGAUAACAGAGGAAGGGAGGGAGAGGUGAGUGUGAAUUCAGCAGCAGGCAGACAGCAGCUCACCUCCGCUGCAAAGACUUCACAGGGAGGCUUUGAUUUUGGAAUAUCUCCUAAAGUAUCCGCUUGGGUCUGAAUGAACUGCUUUCUCCUAACUAACCUUGGAAAAUGGUGGGACUCUCAUCCACUGCUUCUGUUGAAGCGAUGGAGGUGUUGGUGAGUGAGCUGGGCGUCCUGCUGAAGAUGCUGGACCAGGAGAACCUCAGCUCAACCACGCAGGAGAAGAAGACCUCCGUGUGGAACCUCCUGAAGCAAAUACAGCCAUCGGUUUCAGGAACAGACUACAUCUACAUGAAUUCAGCUGUGUUCAGAAACGGCACCAGCUUCGUAGAGUCCCUCUUUGAGACCUUUGACUGCCAGCUUGGGGACCUAAAGGAUGUGACAGACGAUCUGAAAGAAGACAACAACACACAAGCUGACACUUUAAAACAGGACUGUGCAGACUCCCCUGCCCCGCACUCCGCUGACUCCCCUCCCCCUCUGCCCACGACGCCUCCCCCCGAGGAGUAUUACGAGGAGGCCGUGCCCCUCAGUCCUGGCACGUUGCCCGAAUACAUCAUCACACGAGUCAGGCCUAGCCCUCCCAACUCUAUCGAAGAUGGUUAUGAAGACGCCGAAAGCAACUACCCCACUACGUGCAUGAACACACACCGCAAAAACUCAUACAAUGACUCUGAUGCUCUGAGCAGUUCAUACGAGUCCUACGAGGAGGAUGAGGAGGAGAGGAGCCCCAGCGUCAGACUCACUCAUCAGUGGCCCUCGGAGGAGAGCUCCAUGCCCCCCGCCCGGGACUGUCGCAUCUGUGCCUUCCUGCUGCGCAAGAAACGCUUCGGCCAGUGGGCCAAACAGCUCACUGUCAUACGUGAUAACAGACUACAGUGCUAUAAGAGCUCUAAGGACACAUCCCCCUGUGUGGACAUGCUGCUGCCCCAGUGCACUGUGGUCUACGCACCCAAAGACAGCAAGAGGAAGCACCAUGAACUCCGCUUCACUCUGCCCAAUGGAGAUGCACUGGUGCUGGCCGUACAAAGCAAGGAGCAGGCUCACAGAUGGCUUAGGGUUGUUAGAGAGGUGAGCGGUCAGAGCGCUGGGCCGGAGGAAUCUGCGUCCCCCAUCAUUCCAAGAAAAACUGAACUUGACAAGAGGCUUUCUGCAGAGAGGAACACCUCAGACUCAGACAGUGUGGGUGUGUCGACUGGAGAGCACUGCAGAGAGAAUGGCAAGGUGAAACGGGGAGCUUUCGCAGCAGGCCGUAAAAUCACUCGUAUCAUCAGCUUCUCCAAGAAGAAGCCCCCUCGUCCAGGUGACCCCCGGACCUCAUACAGCGACCCUCGGCAAGGCUAUGUGUCGGUGCUGGUGCAUCAGGUGUGGCGGGAACAGUGGUGCCGUGUGUGCAAAGGCUCCCUGCACUUUUACAAUGACAAAGGAGACUCUCGGACGUCCCUGCCUUCACUUCCUCUCCACGGCUGUGAAGUGCUCCCGGGGCUUGGACCCAAACAUCCCUUUGCCUUCCGAAUCCUGCGGAACCACACAGCGGUGGCUGCUCUGGAGGCUAGUAGCUCUGAGGAACUUGGACGGUGGCUUGGAGUCCUCUUGGCAGAGACAGGCUCUUCGACAGAUCCAGAGUCUUUGCAUUACGACUAUGUUGACGUGGAAACCAUCGCUAACAUCCGCGACGCUGCACGGCAUUCCUUCCUGUGGGCCACAUCUUCCGUCAGUAACUCUACAGACUGCAGAACAUAUGAUGAGGUCCCUAAUGAGGACAUGCAGUCAGGAGAGAACCGCAGGCUGCAGUCUGGGAAUCAAGGGAAAAGGCGCUCAAGUUUCUCCAGCAGUGACUCUGACAGAACCAAGCCUUUAGUCUCCCUCAAACGUACAGGCUCAAAUGAAAACCAAUAUGGCAGGUAUGGGAAAACGCGAGCGGAUGAGGAUGCCAAAAGUUACCUGAAAGAGAAGGAGGAGCUGGAAAGAGAGAGGGAUGGGAUACGAAAUGCACUUGUGACCCUCCGUAAGGAGAAGAGAGAGCUGAAGGAAGAGCUGAAGACCGCCUCUGAGAGGAGGAUGUCCUCCCUGAACAAGCGUGUGUCCCAGCUGGAGGACACCUGUCGAACCAAAGAGGCGGAGAGGGUGGACCUGGAGCUGCGGCUGACUCAGGUCACAGAGAACCUGAAGAAGAGCAUUGCUGGGGGAGCUCUGGGUGCGCCUGUUGAGGCUAAACCCCCACUUAAGGCCUCCAGCAAAAAGAAACAGAAUAUCUACAGUGAUGCUUUACCAGUAAACUGUGCCUCAGAGAUGCGUCGGAGACCUCCAUCUGUUUACGCUUCUUCUGGAACUGUCAUGCAGAAAGCAAAGGUAGCUGCUCAAAACGUGUUCUUCUUUAUCCUGGAGACGUACGUCCCCUCCAUCCUGCUGGUGGUCCUCUCCUGGGUCUCAUUCUGGAUCAGCCAGUCCUCUGUCCCAGCCAGGACAUACAUCGUCAUCAACAUGGAGCUUCUGAGGGAUUUCAAUGAAUCCAACGGAAACGGCUCCAUCCCCAUCUUCCGCUCCACCCAGCCGAAACACACUGCAGAUGAGCUCCACUGCAGAGGAGCCCCUGGAGCAGGCAGCGGACUGCGACAGCGAAGUUGUCGGAUCAGGGCUGCG